AUGCCUGUGUUUAAAAACCUAGUUGAUCUCUUCUCUAAUUUGUCACCGCGACGCCAACGCGAGACCGAAGACCAACGAUCUGCUAUUGAACGGGCUCAACCACCGCCCUCAACCCCUCCUCGUUCUCGGUCAGCUGGAUCUGGUCGCAAUCCUUUUGCUCUGCUAUCUGACGAAAUCAACCUGACCGAAACCGCCUCUCCCCCAAACACGGGGAUCGUUCCUUUUCCAACGGCUGUUCAUAGUUAUGUCGAUACUUUUUCGUCCCCAACUGGAUCCACAACCGCAGACGAACCUUUGUGCCCACGUUUCUCCCACCAUUUUCUCAGUUCCAUUACUCGGUGA